AUGGAGAGGUAUUUCACUCGGACUUCGCAAACAACACAGCCUGCAGAAACUCAAGCACAAGAUGAAGGUGAAUCAUCACAUGUUCUUAAUUUAGAUGACAUUGCAAGUGAUCCAGCUCUUAGAAAACAAAUACACGAGUAUGCCCCUGAAAUUAGAGAUCAAGUCAGGAGGGCAUAUAUAGCAAAAGGACCACAUCAGCCUAUUAUUAAAUUUCCUCGCAGACAGUUUGGAGCUGUGACAAGAGCAUUUUCGCAAUCAUGGUAUGAAAAAUUUAAUUGGAUAGAAUAUAGUGAGUCCCAAGAUGCAGCAUAUUGUUUCUAUUGUUUUCUCUUUAAGCAACCAGGGAGGGCUGAUCAAUUUGGCUCUGAGGUGUUCACUAGAACAGGAUUUACUAAUUGGAAGCACGCAUACAAAUCAUUGCCUGAGCAUGUUGGUGGUGUUAAUAGUGUUCACAACAACUGUUUAAAGCAUUGUGAUGAUUUCAAUAAUCAAAGGCAGAGUGUAGCACGUAAGUUUUGUAUUGCAUCCCAAGAAGCAGAGGAGUUAUAUAAAAUAUGUUUGACGUCAUCCCUAGAGUGUUCAAGGUAUCUAUUAGCACAAGGAUUGGCUUUCCGUGGACAUGAUGAAUCUUCUACGUCCUUAAACAAGGGUAAUUUUAGAGAGAUGAUAGACUGGUGGAAAGAUAAGGAUGGAACUGUGAGAAACGCUUUUGACCGUGGUGGACUGAAUUGUCAAAUGCUUUCUCCAGAAAUCCAAAAGGAUCUUGCAAGAUGUUGUGCAGAAGAAAUAAUAGAGGUAAUCAUGGGGGGAAUCGGUGAAAGACAGUUCUCAGUGCUUAUAGAUGAGUCGCGUGAUAUAUCAGUAAAAGAGCAAAUGGCUGUAAUGUUGAGGUAUGUGAACAAUGAAGGGAAAGUCGUUGAACGGUUUCUUGCUCUAAAACAUGUCAAAGAUACUACUUCAGAUGCACUGAAGCAAGCCUUGUUUGGUCUUCUUGAUAAGUAUAACCUAUCCAUCACUAGGCUAAGAGGACAAGGAUAUGAUGGAGCUUCAAAUAUGAGAGGUGAAUUUAAUGGACUACAAAAAAGAAUAUUAGAUGACAACCCAUAUGCUUUUUACAUUCAUUGCUUUGCUCAUCAAUUACAACUAGUGGUCGUUUCAAUUGCUAGUUGUUGUUCAUCUGUUCAUGACUUUUUUGAGUAUAUUUCCUUGAUUGUGAACACGACAAGUGCAUCCUGUAAGAGGAGAGAUGCAUUAAUAGAAGCCCACCAUCAAAGUAUCUUGGAAAAGCUUGAGAGUGGUGAGAUGUUUCGUGGAUCAGGACAACACCAAGAAACCAAUCUUACUAGGCCUGGUGAUACUAGAUGGGGCUCACAUCAUAAAACUUUGAUUCGUUUGGAUCAAAUGUGGAACUCUGUGAUAGAAGUGCUUGGAAUGGUAGAGACAGAUGGACGUGCACCAUCUCAGGCAGGAGGUCUAAUUGAGAAAAUGGAGUCAUUCAAAUUUGCUUUCAUUUUAAAGCUCAUGUUGCGAUUGCUCGGUAUUACAAAUGAACUUUCACAUAUCUUACAAAGAAAAGAUAUUAAUAUUGUUCAUGCUAUGGAGUUAGUUUGUGAUGUCAAAGAUCAGUUAAUUACCAUGAGAGAGAGUGGAUGGGAGAACUUAUUUGAUGAGGUGAAGCAAUUCUGUAAUGAAAAAUCUAUUCCAGUGCCAAAUAUGUUUGAUGAAAUACCAGUCAGAGGUAGAUCGAGGCGUGAAGGGUUCACUGUUACUAACCUUCAUCAUUAUCGGGCUGAGAUUUUCUAUGUUGUGGUUGAUAAAAUUUGUGUGGAAAUGAAUCAUCGGUUUGGUGAAGCAAACACAGAGUUAUUAGUUUGCUUCUCAUGUCUUGAUCCAAAAAAUUCAUUCUCCAAAUUUGAUAUCAAUAAGCUUGCUCGACUUGCUGAAAUUUAUGAUGCAGAUUUCUCGGAUGGUGAUCGUGCAAUAAUAAGAAGCCAACUUGAGACUUAUAUUCAUCAUGUGAGAAGACAUUCUGCCUUUUCUAGUUGCAUGGAUAUUGGAAGUUUGGCAGUAAAGAUGGUUGAAACUGAAAAGCAUAUGGUUUUUCCUUUAGUCUACAAGCUUAUUGAGUUGUCAUUAAUACUACCAGUUUCAACAGCAUCAGUUGAAAGAGCCUUCUCUGCAAUGAAAAUAAUUAAGAACAAACUGCGCAACAGGAUUUCAGAUGAAUGGUUCAAUCACUUGAUGGUGUGUUACACAGAGCGGGAAUUAUUCAAAGCACUUGAUAAUUCUACUAUAACACGACGCUUUCAGAGUAUAAAGACUCGAAAAAUGAGUCUACCUCGUGUUAUACGAGACUAGCACAUUAUAUACAUGUAAGCAA